AUGAAGCUCCGCAGCUCGCGCCGUGUGGCAGGCCUCAAACCGGACGAUUUUGACCACGAAAUCAAUCUCGUCGAUAAUGACGGCACCGUCUCCCCGCACAACGGCCACCACUACGCCCAAAUAGACCGGACCACGACUACUUCCAACCUCUUGACGCCUGCCUCCAGUACCCAGAGAAGCAGCCGAGCUCCUAGUAGUGCCGAUGAGUCGAAUGCGUCUAGUAGGCGCCCCAGUCCCAGUGGCAGUCCCAGUGGCAGUCGCCAAGUCAUAAUCGAGCAACCAGAGGAGCAAGAGAAUGAUCGCGCUGUGAGGCCGUCGCCAUCUCAGCCCUCUAUCGAAGUCCAGGAUGCGACUCCGAUGCCUGAACCGCAGCCGUACUCAAGAACCAAGAAGGUGAUUGACAACCGAGAGACGGCCAUUGACAUCCUGUACGAAAACGAGCGCGGCGGUUUUUUCUGCGGCGGUGCUUUGUUUUCUUCAAAAGCACUGGGCGGUUUGGACCCUACGCCGUGGACAAACGAAUUUCACAAACCGUCAUUGACCGACAUAAAUAGCGCCGUCGUCCCCGAUCCGACGUGGGAGUGGGCUUGGCCAGAAUGGCGUGUCAACCACCAAGAAGGGGUCGAUGAGUUUGGCUGGGAAUAUUCCUUUGCCUUUUCCAGCAUGUUCUCUUGGCAUGAUGCCAAGUGGUGGAAUUCUUUCGUCAGACGGCGAGCUUGGAUACGGAGAAGGGUAAAGAAGCGUUGCGACCAUAGGGCUGACGAGCCCCAUCUCCUCACCACCGACUACUUCUCCGUACGGCCAGCGUCAGACCGCACGAGAACCGCAGCUGGCAGCCUCAUUAGCCGCGCUGCCAGCCGCGCAAGCACGGCCCAAGCGUCUACUGUGGAUUUCUUCGAAGAAGAGCCCGAUAUCUUUGAUCUCCCGACUUUAAUGCGGACCCUUCGCUUCGCUCGCAUAGAUCGUGAAAAGAGAGAGGCUGUGGAAAACUACCUGGCACAUGCGCAAGACCUCCCGGCCCUGCAGAGGAACAUGCACGAAAUCAUGGGGCUCUUCGUUUUCCAGGCAUCGCGCAGGUUAUUACUAUGCCACAUUGUCGCCAAGUACAACGAAGCCAAUCGCGAUGCCGGAACGGAGCCCACUCCGGCCAUGAAGAAUCGACGAGAUGCCCUGAAGGCGGCCCUCCGGCAUGCGGAUCAAGAAGUCCGUAAGCUAGCAUACUGGAGCGACGUCAAGCACAUGGUUGCCUCGGGUGAAUCGAGGAUCCAGCUGAAAGAUGACCGACAUAAAUUCUAUGAGAGUUUUGAAGGCAUCGAUCAAAGUGGUCCGGCGCCACCGAAUCUAGGCGCACUCCCGGGCAAAUCUUGA